AAAAAAAAACACAUAUCGAGUUCUUCUUCUCGGUUCUUAAUUUCCACCAUAAAAUGGUGACCGGCGACGUAAAGCUGAUUGGCUCAUGGGCAAGUGUCUUCGUCAUGAGGGCUAGGAUAGCUCUCAACCUCAAAUCUAUUAGUUACGAGUUUCUUCAAGAGACGUUUGGUUCUAAGAGUGAAUUGCUCCUUAAAUCUAACCCGGUUCACAAGAAGAUGCCAGUUCUGAUUCACGCUGACAAACCGGUUUGCGAGUCCAACAUCAUCGUUCAGUACAUCGAUGAGGCUUGGAGCUCAUAUGGAACGUCCAUUCUCCCUUCUCUGCCCUACGACAGAGCCAUCGCUCGGUUCUGGGCCGCCUACAUCGAUGAUAAGUGGUUUAUUGCUCUGAGGAGUAUCCUAACCGCUCAAGGAGAAGAGGAGAAGAAAGAAGCCAUAGCCGAAGUCGAAGAAAGGACAGAGCAUUUGGAGAAAGCGUUCAUCGAGUGCAGCAAUGGGAAACCGUUCUUCAACGGUGACCAUAUCGGUUUCCUAGACAUUGCCCUCGGGAGCUUUUUGGGUUGGUGGAGAGUGGUUGAGUUAGAUGCCAAUCAUAAACUUCUUGACGAGACUAAGACACCCUCUCUGUUCAAAUGGGCAGAGCGGUUCUGUAAUGACCCUGCUGUGAAGCCUCUUAUGCCUGACACUGCAAACCUUGCUGAAUUCGCUAGGAAGCUCUUUCCCAAGCCGCAGCCUUGAAGUCAAAGGAUAUUCAGGUCAUCUUAAAUAUAUUGGUGUAGAUGUACAAUUGCGUGAUUAGCUGCAACAAUAUCGGUUAUUAGUGAAAGUACUGGUUUACUAGGUUAUGUAUAUUAUGUUCCAUUUCAAUGUAUCCAGGACCUAAUAUCAAGCAAAGCUUAUGUAUUAUGUAUAUUCGUAGUUCUUUC